GCUUUACUGUAACUACAAUUCUCUCUAAACUCCUGUAGUGUUCAAUCUUAUCUAUGUGAUAUAAAACCCUAAAAAAAAUUAUGCUGACUUCUCUGAGCAUCUCGAGCUCAAAAUUUCCUUCAUUUCUUCCAUCUGACGAACAGACACUCGUAUCUCCUUACAAAUUCCCUUUCCCUGUAGUUCAGAGACUAGGACAGAAGGUUUCAGCCAGUGGCCAUGGCCUUGUAUUGUCUGCCUUUAAAGGGUCUGGGUUUCUAUCCACAAUCGACAGAGCAAUUGAAGAAGAGGAAUACAGAAGAGCCAGGGCUGAGGUUCAUCGGAAAGGUGUCGACCUUGAGGGUUACUUAAUCGAGGGAAUUUCAAUUGGAGGCCACGAGACUUGCAUCGUCGUUCCGAGGUUGAAUGCUGCUUUUGACAUCGGCAGAUGUCCUUCGAGGGCUGUUCAUCAGGACUUCCUGUUCAUAACCCAUGCUCAUCUUGAUCACAUUGGUGGACUUCCAAUGUAUGUAGCAACUCGUGGGCUCUACAAUUUAAAACCGCCAACGAUAUUUGUGCCACCAUGUAUUAAAGAGGAUGUAGAGAAGUUAUUCGACAUUCACAGGAAUAUGAGUCGAGAUGAAUUGAAGUUUGAUUUGGUUGCAUUAGAUGUAGGGGAAACAUAUGAAAUUCGGAAUGACCUGGUUGUGAGGCCGUUUAAAACUCACCAUGUCAUACCCAGCCAGGGAUAUCUCAUGUACUCAGUUAGAAAGAAGCUGAAGAAGCAAUAUGCUCAUUUAAAAGGAAAACAAAUCGAGAAGUUGAAAAAGUCUGGGGUUGAGAUUACAGACACUAUACUGUACCCUGAGGUGGCGUUCACAGGAGAUACAACAUCUGACUUUAUGCUUGAUCCUCGCAAUGCUGAUGCCAUGAGAGCAAAAGUUCUUAUAACUGAGGCAACUUUCGUAGAUGAAGAGCUCAGCAUUGAGCACGCACGACAGUGUGGCCAUACUCAUCUAUUUGAGAUCAUUGAACAUGCUCAAUGGAUCCGGAACAAAGCCAUUUUGCUCACUCAUUUCUCCUCCCGGUACAAAAUUGAGGACAUUCGUCAAGCCAUCUCAAAGCUGCAACCGAAGUUGUCCGCCAAAGUGGUUGCUUUAACAGAAGGCUUUAAUUCAAUGUAUUCUGAGUCAUGAACCAGCCUCUUUUCCUUUUAGAUUGCCUUGUGCAACCAUGUUUGUUCUAUAAUCAGCUUAUAUUCCAAAAUUGUGUAAUCAACCUUAGUGGUUUGCAUUGAAAUGAUGUACAAAGAAUCAACGGGUAAAGGUGGCCUCAAAUGAAACUAAAAGAACUUAUUCUGCAUC